GCCCGUGUUUAAGUCGUGCUAACGCAUGUGCAAGGUUAAACUUUGACAGAUGCUCGCCAGCUUGUUGUUGCCAGAGUGGGUUUAUGAUUGACCAGGAAGCAAAACAUCCGUGAACUUCAGUGGAAGUUCAUCCACUCAUGAGGCGGAGGAAACGCGGUUCCCCUCUUCCUCCUGCUCCACCGGAGCACUGGACGACCGCGGCUCAACAUGGAGCUUUCCUUCGCAGGGAAGCGGGCGCUGGUCACCGGGGCAGGAAAAGGAAUCGGCCGAGCUACAGUUGUAGCUCUGACGAAAUGUGGAGCAAAAGUGAUCGCGGUCACACGGACACAAGCUGAUCUGGACACUCUGGUGCAGGAGUGUCCCUCCAUCACUCCAGUGUGCGUGGACCUGGAAGACUGGGCCGCCACCGAGUCGUCCCUGCAGGACGUCGGCCCCAUCGACUUGCUGGUCAACAACGCAGCGGCGUCCACACUGCAGUCGUUUCUGGAGGUCACGCCUGAGCAGUUUGACCGGGCGUUUAACGUCAACGUGAAGGCGGCGCUGCAUGUCUCCCAGAUUGCUGCUCGUGGAAUGAAGUCAAGAAAUUGUGGCGGCUCUAUCGUCAAUAUUUCCAGCCAGGCGUCCCAGUGUGCCCUGCGAGAUCACACCGUCUACUGUGCCACAAAAGGAGCUUUGGACAUGCUGACCAAGGUGAUGGCUUUAGAGCUGGGACCCCACCAGAUUCGUGUGAACAGCGUGAACCCCACCGUGGUUUUGACUGAUAUGGGUCGCAGAGGCUGGAGUGACCCAGAAAAAGCAAAGACGAUGAUGUCCCGUAUUCCUCUGGGCCGCUUCGCUGAGGUGGACGACGUGGUCAACACCAUUUUAUUCCUGCUGAGUGACAAGAGUGCGAUGAUCAAUGGGGUCCACUUACCAGUGGAUGGGGGUUUCCUGGCCAGCUGAGCGUCACAGAUUCACAUCAUGGAGUUUCAAUUGAGGGUAUCUUUCCCUCCCCCUCACAGACGUGCAGAACUGUGAUGAAUUGCAUGUCUAGAAGUGGUUGUAACAAUAAAACACGGGACAUAAACCCAGUAGCUUACAUAUACAUUUGUAUUUUUGUUUACAAAAAAAUGAAAUAUUCCACCACAAGGACAUGUAAAGUCAUUGAAAAUAAGACAAUCGGAACAAGUGUACAAGUAUUUCUUACAUUACAUACAUACAUGGCCAACGCAGUUCAUCACCUUUUCCUAAUAAUUACAGAAGGUCAAACAACUUCCAUGCAAUAGUAACAGAAAUAUUUCUGCUGUGUUUCAACUCUUUUGCUAGCCAGGACCACACAAUAUUUACCACCCACAGUUCGCUAUGGCAACCUAAAAGAAAAAAAGAAGAAGGAGAGGACGCGUCUUGCCACGCGACGCAGCCCACGACCUCACAAUGUAAUUGAUAAACAAAAGAUCGGCCCUUGUGUAUUUUAAUAUGUUAGCAACACCUCUAACGUCGACAUGAGUGACAAGACCUUUAUUAAGAAUUAUUAUAUCAGGACUUUUGAGCGCUAAAUAUCCAGGUACAUGUAGAGAGAAAUAAAACUGCUCUUUUUUUUUAAAAAGGAUUAUACAAUGCAUCACUAUGUGCCAUUGAUAUUUUUCUACCGUAUGCGGACAAAUUGUUGAAAAGUUCUUUAACUGCAGGACGAUACGAAACGGUACCAAAACCUGACAAUAGAAAACUUUGCUCUAAACAACACUGUCUGUUCUACGCGUUCUUCACACCUGUCUGCAUUCGUCUACAUGCCUGUGACACGCUCACUCACACACACACACACACACACACACACACACUGGCAUCCCACAAAGGAAAAGUUGAGAUGGAAACAAUGGCAUCAUAGACGGAAGAUUCAAAUCAAAACAAAACAAAAAAACAUGCAAAGCUCCAGGAGCCCUGGAGGUGGCGCUCAGGCAGCAAGGUUGUACAGCGUGUUUGGCGUGCUCCUAUAGUCACAUGAUCACAGUUUGCUGACCCAAAGACACUUCUUUAAUGACACAGGUCAGUUACUGAGCUUAGUAUUUUCCCAUCUUUAUGUGAGGACAAAAUAAAGGAAUGGAAAUCCUUUUUGUUUUUUUCUUCUUCUU